AUGGCCUCCGAUCGCUUCAGCCCACCGUCCGGUUUGCUCCUUCUUCCACCCCCGCCAUCUACUUCCUUUGAGCAGCUCAGGGAUGCAUAUGGUCCGUCCUUGUCGGAUGUCUUCUCAAAGAUCUCACGUAUGCUCAAUGGAUCCAAUGACAUUGCAGUGCUGGACAUUGCUUUGUCCAUCCCCGGACUGCUUUCCCCUUCCUAUCAGCCCAGGGCGAAGGUUUUUAAACGACUUCAGAGUUUCCUAGCGAGUAUCUAUAGCCUUAUUGGCAUUGUCUCUACCGAGCAGCGCAUUGAACUCGAUUUCCCUGGAGGUGUUGAUGCGCGCGUGGUCUUCAUUGAUUUCGACCCUGUUCAUCCAGCUUUAGUCGUCCCGGAGAAUCGCCAGGUUUCACUGUAUGGUCCUAUCCUCGACCUGCAAACACUGGCCACGUCUGAACGCUCGUGGGAUUGUGUGUUUUAUCUAGACAACAAAACAGGACAGAGUUUGGCAGCGGCCUUCAGUAGUCUCUACUCGCAAACCAGGGAUUUCACCGCCGGAAUCAUGCAUCCGAUCUCAGGGGUGUCGGAUUGGGAAUCCUCGGAGCCUCUUCUAAUUAAUGAGGACGAACUGCCAUCUAAUACACAUUUCUCGGUUAUUGUAGGGGGUACUUUCGAUCACUUCCAUAUCGGACACAAGCUGCUCCUCACUGCCACAGCGUUGGCCCUGGAACCUACCUGGAGUAUAGAUACAGGGAACGAGAGGCUUCUCAGUGUUGGUGUCACAGGGGAUGAACUGUUGGUGAAUAAGAAGUAUGCCGAGUUCCUGGAGAGCUGGGAAGAACGAUACCAAAACACAGCAUCCUUCCUUGCAGCGAUCCUUGAAUUCUGCCCCCCUGAAAAAACUGCACCCAGGAUUCAACGGGUAUCACAGCCCGGCCCAAAUGGGAAGUAUGCCCUGGUGAAACUACGACCCAAUUUGACCCUGAAAAUCGUGCAGAUAUCCGACCCGUUUGGGCCUACCAUCACCGAGGAAAAUAUCAGCGCCCUCAUCGUUUCCCAGGAGACUCGCGCGGGGGGUGCUGCUGUCAAUGAUGAACGUGCAAAGAAGGGUUGGAAGAGCCUCGACAUAUUUGAAGUCGACGUGCUCCAUUUGGGAGAGCUCCCAACGGCCGAUAGCGAUAGCUUCGCAUCAAAAAUAAGCAGUACGGAUAUCAGACGGCGCCAAAUGGAUCAGUCGACGAGAUAG